AUGGCUUCGUCAAGCACACGGUACGAGCGCGUGCCUGCGUCCGCCGACGAGGGCGGGCGGAGGCGAUCUCACUCCAGCGGCGGCGGCGGCGGCGGCGGCGGUGGUCGGGCCGAUUCGAUGGUGACCAAGUUCGGACGCUACUCGUACCUGGCGACGGCCGGCUUCAUCGCCUUCUGCUUUGCGUGCACCAUCCUUCCCCUCUCUUCGGUGUUCGUGGGGCUGGGCUGGAUGACCAGGCCGGGCCUCCUGCCAAAGCAGCAGAUCGACAAGACGAUGGACGACAAGCGCUGCCUCGCCGAGUUUCCCGCCCUCUACCCGCAGCUCGAGGACAACGUCAAGGCAUGGAAGCUCAAGGGCGGCAUCGGCAAGGCGGACGUGGACAAGGCGCACGAGCAGGCCAACCGCAACUGGGGACUCGCAAGGGUCGUCGUCAAGAACGGCCGUGUCUAUAUCCGAGAGGUCAAGGAGGGCAACGAGUCGAGGAUGUCGGCGCUGCUCCACAUUCUGCACACGGCCGUCACCACCGAUCCGUCGGCGUCGACGAGGGGAAGCAGGAAGCCGCUGCCCGACGUCGACCUCGUCAUUUCGACGGCGGACAAGGACGGCAACUCGAGCCCCGCCGGCUGGGUGAUUGACAAGCGCGUCGACGAGGAUCCCAGCAUCGGCCGGUGGCUCUUCCCGGACUUUGGGUUCGCCGGCUGGCCCGAGGCGGGCAUCGCGUCGUACGAAGAGUUUACCAGGCUCAUCCAGAAAGAGGAGCGCGAGUACCCCUGGGCUAACAAGGACGACCGCGCCUUUUGGCGCGGCCUGGCCAACUGGUACCCGGUGCGCAAGGACCUGUUGAGCAAGACGUCGCUCGCCCUCGACCCGGGCAGGGCGUCGUGGGCCGAUGUGCGCGAGACGAGCUUCCACGACAAGGGCGAUCAGUUUGCGCCCAUUGUGCCGAUGCACGAGCACUGCCGCCGCAAGUACCUGAUCCAGAGCGAGGGCAACAGCUACAGCGGACGCUUCAAGUACCUGCUGGCGUGCAACUCGGUGUCGAUCGCGCACCCGCUCGAGUGGACGCAGCACUUCCACCCGGCGCUCAACUCCAACAACCAGAGCCGGCAGCAAAACUUUGUCGAGCUGUCCGGACCGCUGUUUGAGGGGCUCGAGGACGAGGUCAAGAGGCUCCAGACGCUGGACCGCGGCGGCGCGGCGAGGGCGGGCGGCAACAGCCCGCGCAGGAUCGCAGAGAAUGCGCAGCGGACGCUAAAGGAGCGCUACCUGACGCCGGCGGCGACCAUGUGCUAUACGCGCGCUGCGCUGCGGGCAUACGCGUCGGUGCUGGACGUGGCGACGUGGGGGCAGGAUGGCGUGGAUCUCGAGACGGGCCCGCAUCCGCUCGAGGGCGGCGGUGUGGUGGCGUCCGGGGGCAAGGGCAAGGACCUGGCCAAGCUGGGCGCCAAGGGCGACAUCGAGUACGGCGUCUGGCGGCUGUCUGGGUCGAUUGACUGGCCGCCCCGCGCGACGCCGCCCUAG